UCAUCUUCGUCUCUGCUAAUUACAUGUCAUCUUUACUUUCAGCGAUCUAUGCUGGGUUUCCCUGGUAUUCCAGGAUCAAAUGGUUUGCCGGGAGUGCCGGGCGUCCCGGGGCCACACGGACCCCAGGGAAGGGAAGGUGUAAAAGGACAAAUUGGUGAUAAAGGAUCACAAGGAAUGCCGGGUCCAAGAGGAGGCAGAGGGCGCGAAGGACCCCCUGGGAAGAGUGGACCACGAGGAAUUAACGGAAUGAAAGGUCAACAAGGACUUCUGGGAAUGAAAGGACAGCGAGGCAUUUCUAUUGUGGGAAAUUCAGGAAGAAAAGGAGACAAAGGGGAGAAAGGAGAAAGCGCCAAAGCAAGUCAAGCAAGUGUAGUACCACAAACCAACUGGAAACAAUGUGUCUGGGAAUCAGACAGCGGUACUGAUAACGGAAAGAUUAAGGUAAUUAGAAAAAGAAUCAUAACAAACUCCAAAGGAAAGUAAUUCCUCUCUAAAUCAAAAUAUUUCAAAGAGGAACGUCUCCCUUCUCACUCACCGUUUGCUAACACAUUGCAUAAAUAACUUUAAAUAAGGAAGUAAUCUUGAAUGGAGUUGUUCGUAUCAAUCAUCACACGCGGUGGCUUGCCUUACUACAAUAUGUUUGAUUUGUUUGAUUUUAUUCCAGGACUGUGCGUUUAACAAACUGCAGUCUAAUUCAGCGCUCAGAGUCCAGAAGCCGAUUACUUGGAGCCCUCAUCUCCCAUAUAAGCCCUUGGAGUCAACCCUUUUCGGCGAAAAAUUAUUUAUAGAAAUAGCUUUCGCGGGAUAUUUUCACGCCUUCUUGGUAAUAUCCAAUCAGAACAGAGCUAUGAUCAUACGUCACACGUCGAGUCACGAACGCGCGAUUUGAAUUGCUGCCAACAAUAGCGGUAGCCAGCGUGGAAGAUUUAUCUGAUCAGGGGGGGUAACUCUAUUGUUUUCCACCUGAGUUUCUUAACCCACUCCGCCUGCCAGUAUGACGUCACAUAGUAACGGGCAAGAGUCUCGGGUCGCUUGUCCAAAUUAGCAAGGGAUACGACAGUUAUUUGGACGAGCGAGGUCGGGGAAAACCUUAGAAGCUAGCAAAUAUUAAUAUCGUUAUAUAUCGCUUAUUUGAUCGAAUGUGUGUGAGCUUUGGUGUUGCUAUAAUCUGCUUGUGUAAACCGUUUUGAUAUUUUGUGUCCGUGAUUGUAUAAUUUUUUUUUAAAUUUGUUUUGCGGGCCGUGUUGCGGGAUCGCCAUCUAUUUCACGGAACCGGCAAAGUCAUCAAAACUUAAGUCUUUUUUUUUUUUUUUUCUCUAAAAUAGGCGAGGUCUAGUCUCCAGAAUUGGAAGUUCCAUUCUCAGACCACUCAUGUUUAUAUUUCAUCUAUUCUUUUGCUAAUGAAACGGGCCUAACUUCAUAUCAAUCCUUUCGAGUGUGGGCUUCUGUUGAUCUCCUAAUUCUCCACCAAAUUCAGUAAAGCUAGUUCGAUUGAUUAUCUACAUCGAGUCGGCCCGUUGAACCCGAAAUAAUGCGAAAUAGCUUUGAAAUACGCGCUUAAGCUAAUUUUCCUCAAAUGUAUAUUUGAAUUCAUGAUAAAUACAGCUCCACCAGCUUCAAACAGCGUCUAUGGCAGAGAAAAAUUGUUUUGAUAUGACAAAAUUAAUUUUUCUAAUCAGGCGUGUCACUGUUCGACACUGUGGUGCAGUGGUCAGGGAGUUGCCUGAACGUGCAGAGAACCGGGUUCGACUCCCGGCGACGCUGUUUUCUGUUUCUAUGUACCAUUUUUUUUUCUCUGUUUAGUCUCUCUUUUUUAACAAAUUAUCCUAACUUCCAGCUGGUGAAUAAACCAUCCAGGGUCAGUCAUCACAAAGUUUCACACGAGGCAGGGAGCUUAAAAAAAAGGGGUGCGUAUUAACUUUCUAACCAACUUUAUUUGAGAGGGGUGGCUUAAUAGAGGAUUUACAGUCUGAAAUCCCCUCCUAGAUUAGAAUUACAAGACAAAUACAGGAAAGCUCCCAUCUCGUUGUCACCACUUUAGCAUAUGUGCCAACUGUCCCAGAAUAUCAGCUGGGGAUUGAGUCUUGCGAAUACAGCACAAGUCUCCUGGUCUACCACAUGUCACCAAAUCUCCGGGAUGAAACUGAACUCUUAGCUUUUCUGUGCUGAAGUGUAGAAUUUAGCCCAUUUUACUUAACAUUCAAACCUAUUUUGAUCAUGGUACAGAUUCUGUUGCAUUUUUGCCCAUACUCCAUUACUGACAAAACUAUUUCGUCAAAAAAGCUUCAUCAGAUGGUGAUGGUCUUCACAUCAUGUACAUGUUACUAGGAAUUCAUGUGUCCUGACCCCUGGUGUUUAAAUGCUGAAUAGCAUUAUCUAUUGGAUAAAUCACUAUUUUUCAUUGCGUGACAGUGCAAGCCGAGAAUAAGCUUUAUCACGAAAAACCCAGUCCUGGCCCUCGACAGCGGGUAAAUAAAUAUUGAAAAACAAGCUCUUUAGUUACCUUAUUUCACUGGUUAACUCACUUCUACAAUGUUUUGGAGCUUUUUCUGAUUCAACAAGGGACCACACUGCAUCAAACCACAAAGUAUGCUUUUACGACUCCGUUAAAGAUCGAACACGGACUGCAUCUUUCGCUUGCGGCGGCUGUAAUUGUGCGAGAUCUGAGGUCGCGAAUUAUGAAUGGAGUUUUAUAAGCCAAAUUAAUGUGGCUGUGGAUGAAAACGGUCUUUGAUAACAUAUAAUUCAACGGCAAAUAUUUCAAGACGACAUAUCAAACAAAACAAACGAGAUGUUCAAAAGGCAUGAUAUCGAAUUAAGAGCGGCUCCGCGUAAACGCGUAAAUAUCAACUAGACGUGGAAAUCGUCAAAAAUUGACCUGGCCUCAAACUCAGCCAGAAUAAAACCCUAUGGGCCCUAGUUACAUAAUCGUUGGUUUAAGUACGAUCGAGUGAAUAAUAUUUUUUUACCGAAUUUUUUACCUCCCGAGGCCUAAAAUGGGCAAAAAUCAUGCAAAAUUAGAGUCAUAUUCAGUGGCUCGUUUAUUUUAAAAUAAAGUUGGCUACUAAAACAUAAUGACACUUCAUAUCUUCACUAUCUUCCCUCUAUAAUUUUAACAGAUUAGUUUGCGAUUUGGUCAACAAGAGAUUUUUUAAGAAAUUUUUAAAGUUGUCGACUCAAAAUCGCUUAAUCAACCGUCAAAAUUUAGCACUUUUUCACCAGCUAAAAAAGCGGAUUGGUACAUGGCUUUGAACACCAAGGCUUCUUUAACCUGAAAGAGCAUUAUUUUUUAUUCAAAUCAGCGAAACAAAAUUUUUGGGUAAAUGAAAUCACGAGCGCCGACAAACCGAAGAAAAUGUAAAUGUUGCACUAAAAACAGGCGAAAAAACGUGACCUCUGACCGAAGCACAACCAAAUGCGAAUUACGGUAGGCGCCAAACCUUUAAUUAUUCGGUAACUUCUCGAAACAAUAUUGGUCCGAAAUGUGCAUUGGUUUUUUAAAAUAAAACUGAGUUAAAGUAUUUAAUUUACUGUUGCGUACCUAACAUACUCUGACGGUUUCAUUCACACAAUACAACAACUGUCAAUACAGAAUCUACUGAGCCUCGUAUUUCUCGCUCUCUACUAAGAAACUUAGUUACAUGCAAACAAGGAAAUAACAAGCAGUCAUAACAUUAAAAAAAGGAGCGAGCCGAUGGGGCUAGCGACUUCAAAAGAUUAAAAUCCUUGACACCUGAUGAAAGAAAGGUUCUCAGAGGUUUCACAGCGGAGUUUAAAUGUCUCAGCAUGUCACGUCCUCUUGCAUAUUCUUUUUGCAGUUAUUUAAGGCCUAAUAUAUAGAUUUAGCCAGGGCUAAAAGCGAAGCUCCCAUUAAUAAAUUUAUAUUUUAAAUCAAACAAUAAACUUUUAAUCCACAAAUCAGUUAACUUAAGAGCACAUUCAUGUGACUUUUGAGGGAAAGGAUAAGUUAUUUUAGAGUGAAACAUCUUACAUCGAGUUCAUAGCCUAAGUAUAUGUACACCCAAAAAAUAGCAAACAUCUUCUAUCACAUUCAAGAGCCAUAAUGGCUCUUGAUCACAGUAGAUUAGGCCUCGAAAACAAAUUCUUGGAAAACAAAUCAGGCCGUAUUUUUUGGCGUUCGACAGGUUUACUUUACAAAUCCUUGCCAACAAAUCUGAGGGUGUGUAAACCAACCUUUUAUACUUUUUAUACAUCACAUCUGAGGUGAAACAGUACUUUUUAUCAUACAGACCUCGGACAGAAUACGGCAUUUCACAAUUUUUCAAUGUCCAGGACGAUCAAUCGUGGGCUUUUAGCGAAACCGUUCAAAAAAUUUCCAAAAUCACUCAUACGGCCAGCCGGUUCUCAUUUUUAGUGCGAGCUGUCAGUGUGGUUGAGUGUUUGAAUGAACUUCAACAUAAUAACGAAUUUAUUAUUAUUACUUUUUGUUAUUUAAUGGUUCCAGUUAUAACGAUGUGUAAUCUUAUAAAACGUUUGAUACGCGCGACAUUAAGUACUCCUGCAAGCGAUGUUCAUGAACGAUGAAAACAAACACCACGGAAAAGCGAUUAAAAUUGCAAGAGAGACUACUAACAAUCAAUAAAAGAAAUAUAAUUCGGUAAAGCAUUUACAGAGACAACAAUUUUCAUUCACGAAGACAAGUAUUAAAGUGUCUCUAAAAAUCCUAAGUCUUUAAGCUCAAAGCUUAAGGUUAAGUUUAUUUUGUUUUACUUUCAGCCGGCCUCCCGGUGUUUGUUUUUUUUUUCAAAGAUGAACUCCUCGAAGCAAGAAAAUCACUCAAAGUUUUCUUUCUACAGCCAAAUUUAUAACUAAAUAUUCUUCGGAACGUUUUUUUUCUAUUUGCCGUGAAAAAAAAAAUCUGAAGGCCUUUUAAAGUUCUGUAAGCUUAUAUCAAACCUGAUACUAGAUCAGAUCAUUGACUCAAAUCUUAACAAACGUGCACAAACUUGCCGCAUAAACUGUGCUCGACUUCAUGAAAUUAGAUAUAACAAAAAUAAACAUCAAAUACAAUAAUUACUCAGGCUUACCAUUCGAGAUUCAGUUCCUGAAAGAUAUCAAGGAAGGCCAUAGUUGCUUGAGACUUUUAGACCCUCUUACGCAUUGAGCAAGGUGAAAGACGAAAACGAUGCCAUCCGAAAUCGAAUUACCCAAUUUUGACAAGCGACGCAUUUCUCAACCAAAACCCAAUAAACAAACCAGCCAUGGAUAACAGAAGACUCUUGGUAGCAGCUGUAUUUCAUUUUGUACAUCCAGUGGAAAAAGACAGUUAAAAACAUCACAAGUUGACACAAAACCCUGUCAGCUUUAGAUGCCAAAGUAAACAACUUUCAAGAUGCUGCAUAAAUUUUCCGCAUGAACUCACCUGUCAAAUUUUGACCAAUCAGAGUACAAAAAUUGGACGUAGAGCGUGACCAACGCGUGACCAUGGUAAGAAAAGGUCUUCCCCGCCUUUAUUUUUAAAAAAGUGGCUGAAUUUUCGCGUCCGAGGUCAGUUUGAAAUCAAAAUCUUGACAGUGCGGGGCCAUAGUGACAUAAACACAAGAUAUUUCAUAUGAAUCAUUGGAAAAAAUAGACUUGAGCCUGCGAUCAUUUGAAACUGGUAAUUUGUCAGCGGAUAACUUCAAAAAAGUACUCGACCUCGAUGGGUCGACACUUGAGCCCGCGGUACGGUCAGGUGACACUGGUCAGCGGAUAUCCUGUUUUGACAGCUGUCAAUUGAUCACAACAUUGAUGUGCAAUGAGUUUUCUAUUGGACUCCCAAACUAGCUAGAAAGUGGAAGAGAGACCAUUGGUUUCCCUGUGGUGUGGACGGACGGUCGGGCGUACGGUCACGUGAUUACCAAAUUUUCUCGGAUGGGUAGAUUACCACAUUUCCUUAGCUAUGGAGCUCCGUCCACACGCGCGCGCUUCGCGCGCGGGUGGAGCUCCGCUACAAGUAUAUGCUGCGGCCAUGAAAUCUUUUAGUAUCAUGAGAAAUAGUGUGAUUGCCAAACUAUGUUUAAUUUCUUCCUGAGUUUGAUAAUUCUGUACUCAAAGGUUUUUUUUUUUUUUUUUUUUUGUAGGUUUCUCGUCUUGUGGUAACGAAGUAAUAACUUAUGGCACCAUCAAAAUAAAUAAAAAUCCGGACAACAUAAACCGAUACUUUUCUUCACUUGGACGUUUUGCUUCUUUAAGGGAAAUCCUCCAAAAUAAUGAGGGGAAUAUUUUGCUUUUCACUGCUCCAGGUUGCGGUAGAUAAGUCACAGAAAACACAACAGUUGCUACUUACAAAGGCGCAAAUUGGCCUCCGAUUCCUUGAUUCAACCUUUACUAAAAAAAGAUUAUAGUCCUGCAACGGCAUUGCCGGUUCCACGAUCAACCGUUACAGACCUUACUGUGAGCGCUCCAAUUCACUUUUAAAAAGUCUGGUUCUCCAUCAAAGAAUUUCAUUUUUAAAUUCUUUGAAAGGCUCCUUUUAAAUAAUGACGAUGGAAUACAACAUUACGAGCAUUACUAUAUUUGACUUCGUGCGUUGCAACAAAAUUAAUAUAGCAAUCUUUUUAAGCCAGAUUACAUAUUACCUAUAUUAACUCGAAACCAGCUUCCCUUGAUUGUAAGUGAAGGGACCGAGGCAGAAGCCACGGUCAAGGAACAAGGAGUAAACUUGUUGGCCAAUUUCCUUCUUCCGUCGCCAUUUUUUUUCUCCCUGCGGAAAUAUGCGGACGUCCUCGGAAACACAUUUAUUUCGCGGAAAAGCCUGUUCUAAAAAUAAUUCUUUAAGGGAAUGGGUUGACUCAAGAGGGUCUCAAUGAGGUGGUGGCUUUUACGGUUAUCGGCUAUAAUUUUGGCUAUUUUACGGCUAUCGGUUAAUUUUUUUCAGUUACGGUUAACAAAAAAGUUAAAAAUUAACUUCUCUUGUUUCAAAAAGUUAAAUAUUAAUUUACCUGUAUUUUUUUGUAUCUUUAAAUCGAAAAAAGGUCUUCAACUCAUCUCGGGAUGAAACAAACCAUUCUUUUGAAAAUUUUUAACAUUUGAUAGAUCAUACUUUUUAUGAAGUAUUUCACUUCUGAUAUUAUUUUAUACAUAGAAAUGUCAAUAGUCAAUUUAAAAAUAAUCCUUGUGAAAAAGCAAAAGCGGACACGCAAAUGCCCAACUCAAGGCCGGGGCGCGACAUCCAUUAUAACAGAAAUGGCCGUUUUCACACUAGAGACGGAUUACUCGUGUGAGACGGGUUUUCCGUUUGAUGAUUCGCGUCAGAUAGGUAAUACUUCGUAAUUUGAAAAUUGAAUAGUUUUAAUUUUGAAUGAACAAUCCGCCUAACUUUAUCCGUCAAUUUCGACGGACAGUUUCAAGACGGGAUUAUCCCGUUCCAGAUAGCCUGUGUACAGCCGCCCCCUCCCCUCAGAAAAAAAUCGGAGAAGGGGUGUCUGUGGGGAGGGCGCUACUGUACACAGACUAGUCUCAGACGGAUAAUCCAUCUCUUGUGUCCAGUCUUUUUAAUGAUAGCAAAGGACUGUACGGAACGACUGUCUGCCGUUGCCUUGUCCGUAGACCCCAUUAUUUCGCGCGGCUGAUGCGUUUCGGGUCACGUGGUCCAAGCGAGUUCGCCACCGAAAUGCCUUGACCGAGAUUGCGUGGAAAGACUCCGUACAGGGACGGCAAUGUCUACCGUAGCGUCAGAGAAAAAACAGGGAAAUGUUGUUUAUCGGCAACGUGUUUUACAAACAGUGAUAUCUGUGUGUGUUGUUUCACUAGUGUUUUGAAGGCACGACCUCCUGAAAAUAGCAAAUACUAAUCCCUAGCAGAGAAGCCACACUUUCGUUAUGGAAAACAUUAUUACUUUCCCAAGAGGAGUGGAGGAAAUGGAGCCUAGGUCUUGGUCAACACCUAAAAGGCGCUUCGCCUAACGUACGUACGGAGUCACACUAGCCGGGAAAUAAAAAACGCAACCAUAAGUGAGUUUUGUACCUCCCUUAAAAGUGGCAAAUCUAGGGAACAGUUUCUUUUACGGUUAACUCUUUUUUUACUAUAUUUACGACUAACGGUUAAAUAUUUUCAAUUUUUACAGCUAUCGGCUAACCCCAUUGAGACCCUUACUCAAGGUUACAGCACAUAUGGAGGCUCCAAGUAAUGUUUGAUUCGUUUGAUUUUAUUCCAGGACUGUGCGUUUAACAAACUGCAGUCUAAUUCAGCUCUCAGAGUCUCAUUCCAGGGCAACAUGAGGGUCGUUGGUGAUUUAAAGUGCAACCGGUGGUAUUUCAAGUUAAAUGGAAAUGAAUGCAGUGGACCAAAGACGAUUGAGGCUGUUGUUUACAACAGCUGGCGUUCAUCUGCGAACUCCAAUCUGCUUCAUCAUCGGUCAUUUGAGGGGUACUGUGAAAACAUCCCACAAGGCGCGGUUAGAGUGGAAUUAUGGGUAGGACAGUGUAGUGGCAAAACCGUGGGUGAUGCUAACACUGGGUAUAAUUCAGUGUCCCGGAUAAUUAUUGAGGAGGUAUCAAGGCCCCAGUCCUAA